GACACACAACAAGUACAAGCUCAAGGAGCUGGACGUGGCAGAGUUUUUAUUUGUUAGCACUAAGCGGGAACACGCAGGUACAUAUCGGUGCCAGUACCAGGUGUCAGAGCCACUGUGGACAUCGAAUAUGAGUGAUCCCGUGGAGUUGGUGGUGACAGAUCCCAGCUUUCCACCACCUGGCAUCUCCCUUCAUCCCAAAGAAUGUGUGGGUACAGGGACAAAUGUCACCAUCCACUGCUGGAACAAGGACUAUGGGGCUGCCUUCCACCUCCACAAGGAUGGGUGUUCAGCUCCUGUACAGCACCAGGACUCCAGUGGUGGGGGCACAGCAAAUUUUACAGUCUUCGGGGUGGCUCCAGCUGAUGCUGGCACCUAUAGGUGCUCCUACCGCCCCUGGCGUUACCCCUUCCUGUCCUCACCCCUUGGGGACAGCGUGAGGCUGGAGCUAACACCCACACCUGCACACCCAGGUGCCAAAGAAUGGUCCCAUGCAAAUCUGGUGAUAGCACUGGUGAGGGGCUUGGUCGCUGCACUCGUCUUUGGCCUUGGAGUCUUCUUUGUCAUUGAUGCCCGCAGCCUCUGGAGAGAAAGAGAUGAGAGCUGUGGAAUCCCCAGUGACAGUGAGUGUCUGACCUGCACUGAGAUUCCUGCUGUGACCCCUGGUGCCUGGCCACCCAGGGCAGCUGCCACCGCUCAGCCCCCCAGCAAGGUGGGCACUGGGGGACCACACUGAUACCCCCACACCCCCAAUGUCGUGUUUUUUAAAGUGCACUGGAAUGGACGGACCCCAGAUUCCCCCAAAUGGAGCUCCCUGAUACUCUGCUCCCCCCCCUUACACUCCAAAAUCCCAAGGAAUUUAACAUCCCCAGAUCCUCACCUGUGCACCUCGUCUCAUUCCCAAACACCAAAUCCCUCAAUUCCCCGCUCUAACCCCCACAUCCUCCCUGAUCCACCUCAAAUCCCACAACAUCCCUGGAGAUUCCAAAUCCUCUUCAAUCCAGCCGAAGAUGCAAAACCAUUCCUAGGGGACCCCAAAUCCUUCCCAAUCCACUCCUACCAGUACCCAUUAACCUCACACCACGUGUUAUCAACCUCCACUUUGAUCCCCUCUAGAUCCCACCAGGUGUCUCCGGCCUGCCCUUCAGUCCUGUUCUCAGCAUCAGUCGGUGGGUUUGGGGCCACUGCUUUGUGCAUCACUUUGUAAAUAUAUACCUGUGUUAUCCUGAUAUCACCCACUGUGAUUUCUCUCUUCAGUCUUAGUAAAUAGAUUUUGUUACCACCUG